CUGUUCCUCGCUUGAGUGUAGUGGGUGUCUUCACUGCGAACAGUGCGACGUUUCUCUAAAACUGUUUAAGAUGGCGACCGUGCAUCUGAGGAUCGGGGAUUUGGUUUGGGGAAAGCUUGGACGCUAUCCACCUUGGCCAGGCAAGAUCGUCAGUCCUCCAAAGGAUCUGAAAAAGCCGAGAGGCAAAAAAUGCUUUUUUGUCAAAUUUUUUGGGACUGAAGAUCACGCCUGGAUAAAAGUAGAACAGCUGAAGCCCUACCACCCCCACAAAGAGGAGAUGAUCAAGAUAAACAAAGGCAAGCGCUUCCAACAGGCUGUUGAUGCAGUGGAGGAGUACCUUAAAAAAGCCAAGGGCAAAGAUCAGGCACACUCUGAAGACAAAAGCAAAUCGGAGAAAGGCCGUAAAGCAGCUAAACCCAUGAAGAUUAUUGAAGAGGAUGAUGAGGAUGCUUUCAAGGGUGGCUCAUCAGACAAGGAACAGACUGACUCUGAUCCAGAGCCAUCCUCUGUACGACGGCUGGUCGCUGGAACAGUAUCAGGAUUCAAAUGGGAGAGCAGUCCAGUAAAGGAUGACCCACAUUUCCAUCACUUUCUGCUCAGCCAGUCUGAGAAGCCUGCUUCAUCAAUGGAGCCCAUCACCAAACGCUUAAAGAUUAUUGAGGAGGACACAAGAUCAACGUCUAUUCAGGCAGCAGACAGCACAGCAAUCAAUGGCAGCAUCACACCUACAGACAAAAGGAUAGGAUUCCUUGGACUGGGACUGAUGGGAAGUGGUGUGGUCUGUAAUUUGUUGAAGAUGGGCCAUGUUGUGACCGUUUGGAAUCGCACCGCAGAAAAGUGUGAUUUGUUCAUUCAGGAAGGUGCCAGAUUAGGCCGAACACCCGCAGAGGUUGUGUCCAUGUGUGAUAUCACAUUUUCCUGUGUAUCAGACCCCAAAGCUGCCAGAGAUCUUGUUUUAGGUCCUAGUGGAGUUCUACAGGGAAUCAGACCAGGCAAAUGCUAUGUGGAGAUGUCCACUGUUGAUCCAGAAACAAUUACAGAGCUCGCACAGGUCAUCACAUCCAGAGGCGGCAGGUUUCUAGAAGCUCCAGUUUCGGGCAGCCAGCAGCUUUCCAAUGAUGGUAUGUUGGUCAUUGUUGCUGCAGGAGACCGCAGUGUUUAUGAAGACUGUAGCAGCUGCUUCCAAGCAAUGGGGAAGACAUCUUUCUUUAUAGCAGGUGAAGCCGGAAAUGCCGCAAGAAUGAUGUUGAUCCUGAACAUGGUUCAAGGUAGUUUCAUGGCAACCAUUGCAGAGGGGCUGACCUUGGCACAGGCCACUGGACAGUCACAACAAACAUUUUUGGAUAUUCUUUGCCAGGGACAGAUGGCAAGCACUUUUGUGGACCAGAAAUGCCAAAAUAUCUUGCAGGGCAACUUCAAACCUGAUUACUACCUGAAACAUAUUCAGAAAGAUCUGAGACUGGCCAUUUCAAUGGGAGAUUCUGUUAAUCACCCAACACCGAUGGCAGCUGCUGCAAAUGAGGUAUACAAGAGGGCAAAAGCAUUGGACCAGUCAGACAAUGACAUGUCUGCAGUCUACAGAGCUUAUAUUCACUAAUUCUGUAGAUGUGCUAUAUUUCCUGGACCACAACAAACUUAUUUUUUUUUUUUUUCUCUCCCCCACUCUCUUUCUCCCCUCUGUUGAUUAAUUUUUUUGGCACCAGUGAUAUGUUUUCCCAUGUAUAAUGGGAUCUCUUUUGCAGCCUAAUCUGAGCAUUGCACUGGCUAUAAUAUUGCUGCACGUAUGCUGAAUGGGACGUGAUUAAACUCCCAGUGAUAUUUAUAUUUUAUUUGAUAGAGUGUGCAGUGUUAUAACAUCAUUUCAUUAAGGGCUGCAGCAUACAAUGCAGUCAUGUUUGAAGUGACUGGGUUUUAUUUAUCAUUCAUAUUUUUACUAAUGACUUCCCUGAGUGUUUUUUUUUUUUUUACUGAAAAUAUGAACUUUCUGAUCACUAACAGGCUUGAGAAGCUCGAAGGAAACAGCCACUGCAUUGCCUUAAUACCCAUAUAUGGUAUAGAAGUAUUUAUUUAUUUUAUCUCUAAAGAUCACCGUCCUGUCAUGUGCAUUUUGGCCGUUUUAUUUUAUCUUUUUUUUUUUUCAUUGUUAGAGAUCACCAGUUCACUAGAUGGUUUUCAUUGCCUUUUGAGAAAUGCAGUAUUUUUCUUUAAUUAGAGGUUAACUUUGUAUUGAUUACACUGAAAUUCCAGAAAUGUUCCUAAUAUCACUCAAUGGAUUAAUCAUAUGAUGAAAAGCAUCCCUUAGUUUACCGAAGUAUUGAGUCAUGACUACUAGUAGUUUCAGCUUGACUCAAGGUCUUUCCCUGCUUUAGGUCUAGUUUUGCGGCACAUACACAUCUUUCAAAUGGACUGAAAAAGAAAAGAAAAAAACAUUUGGAAUAAUUUAUUUGUCCUUGUACUUUUAUUUCAUUGUUUUAAAUUGGACCUCACAAUUGAAAAUGUAUAUUUGUUUUGUUCUAAGUUGACCGUCAGAUGGCAGGGUGAUCUAUCGCCUUAUUUUUAUUUAUUUUUUUGCCAACUUGUUUCAAAAACGAAUUGACUGGCAAUAUUUGAUUUAAACUUCCAUUUAAAACUUAUAGAAAUGGAAUACAAAAUGUAAUGUCAAGAUAAAGACAUUUUAUCCCUAAAUUAUAUUUGUUGGAUUUGUUUUUCUUUCCAUUUUAAAUUACAUAUUACAGGCCAUGUAUUCAGUGGCAUGUUAUUUGGUCAUUUUGGUAUUUAGUUUUAAACUCAAAAGAAAUACAGGUUGAUUCCUUUUCUAUGAACUGUUGUUCUACCAAAAUAGAUUGACAUGCGUGAUUACGGAUAAAAUAAUUUUGUGAAUUACUAUGGACCCUGUAAGAUUAAGAUGUUGUAUAUAUCCCCAUUACAGGGUUGGGCUAUUUGAAUACAUGGAAUAACAUGCUUUCAGUUUGACUGUACUGAAUUUAUUAAUCUGGUGUCUUAAUAUUGUAGGCUGUUCUUGUCUUAGCUAAUGGGUUUAUUUACUGUACAUUGUUUUUGUGAUUUAACAGACUUGAUAAAGAAAUACAGACAAAUUGAUUCCAGUUCUGCAAGGAAGGCAUUGAUGUUAUAAGGAGUUUAUAAUUUCAUAUAAAUGUGAAAUUUCUUCAAUUUUUUUCCCUUUGUUUGUGCGGUCAACUGAACCCUCUGAAUAAACAAACCAAGUG